AUGGCCGACGUUCCGCUCGUUGUUAUCUCGGAAUUCGCGCAGUCAGAGCGUCGCAUCACACCGUCAUGGUCCAUCUCUCAACUCAAGGACAAGCUUGAGACUGUCACUGGUGUUCCGCCCUCUUGCCAACGGCUCUCCCUGAAGCCCACAGCCGGCGCAGAGGCUAUCGCUAUUGAGGCGCCUAACGAGGACGACACCCACUUGUCCAACUUUCCCCUGGCCCCGUAUGCAGAGCUUCAUGUAAUUGACACACGGCCUGCGGCCUCCCGGAUCAACUUGAACGACACCGCGGGCGUCGACAAAUAUGUCAUGCCCGAGGAAGAGUACGAGAAAAAGACGGACUCGGUCCUAGCCUGGAAGAAGGCUCAGAAGUUAGGCCGUUUCGACCCAGAUGCCCCCAGCCACGAAGAGACCAAGCUGCAGGCUCUUGACCGCGAGGUUGCCACGCGGGGCAUUGCUGUCGGCCGACGGUGUCGCGUUGGCGGUGAGGAUACUCGACGCGGUGUCAUCCAGUACGUCGGUGAGGUCAAGGAGAUCCCCGGCGGUCUCGGGUCAUGGGUGGGAGUCAAGCUCGAUGAGCCCGUUGGCAAGAAUGACGGUAGCAUCGCUGGUACUCGAUACUGGGGCGAGCCCUCUGAGCUCAAGCAUGGUGUCUUUGUGAGGCCAGAGCGGGUUGAGGUGGGCGAUUUCCCUGCUCUUGACGACUUGGAAGAUAUGGAGGAGAUUUAG